CAGAAUCAGGGGCGCAGGUCACCAAUAGGCUUAACUCUGCACUGACUUAUUGAAGACUUGAAGAUUACUUCUGAGAGUGAACACAAAAGGACCCUACACUGUGAACCUUGGAGCUAGCAGUUUUGGAUUUCUCUAAUAUUACACUGUAAGAAGCACUGACUACCAUAAGAAGUAAUUUUUGUGCAGGGUACUGCAGUACCAGAAAAAGGCACCAAUCAGACAUUCCUAGAGGAACAUGGAUGGAGCCAGAAAUAUAACAGUAUUUUCUGUCAGUAAUAACACAUGUCGUGACACCAUUGAUGACUUCCGCAAUCAAGUGUAUUCCACUUUGUACUCUAUGAUCUCCAUUGUGGGCUUCUUUGGCAAUAGUUUUGUGCUCUAUGUCCUCAUAAAAACAUGUCAUGAGAAAUCAGCCUUCCAAGUAUACAUGAUUAAUUUAGCAGUAGCAGAUCUACUCUGUGUGUGCACAUUGCCUCUCCGUGUGGUCUAUUAUGUCCACAAAGGCAUUUGGCUCUUUGGUGACCUUUUGUGUCGUCUCAGCACCUAUGCCUUGUAUGUCAACCUCUAUUGUAGCAUUUUCUUUAUGACAGCCAUGAGCUUUUUCAGGUGUAUUGCAAUAGUUUUCCCACUCCAGAACAUUAAUUUGGUUACACAGAAAAAAGCCAGGUUUGUGUGUGUUGGCAUUUGGAUUUUUGUGAUUUUGACUAGUUCUCCAUUCUUAAUGGCCAAAUCUUACAAAGAUGAGAAAAAUAAUACAAAAUGUUUUGAGCCUCCACAGGGAAAUCAAGCUAAAAAUCAUGUUGUGGUCUUACAUUAUGUGUCAUUGUUUCUCGGUUUCAUCAUCCCAUUUGUUGUUAUAAUUGUCUGUUACACAAUGAUCAUUUUCACCUUACUAAAAAAUUCAAUGAAGAAAAAUAAGUCAAGUCAUAAAAAGGCUAUAGGAAUGAUCAUAGUUGUGACAGCUGCCUUCUUAAUCAGCUUCAUGCCAUAUCAUAUUCAACGCACCAUCCACCUUCACUUUUUACACAAUGAAACUAAACCCUGUGAUUAUGUCCUUAGAAUGCAGAAGUCAGUAGUCAUAACUUUGUCUCUGGCUGCUUCAAAUUGCUGCUUUGACCCUCUCCUAUAUUUCUUUUCAGGGAGGAAUUUUAGGAGAAGGCUGUCUACGUUUAGAAAACAUUCUUUGUCCAGCAUGACUUAUACACCCAAGAAGAAGCCCUCCUUGCCAGAAAAGGGAGAAGAAACAUGUAAUAAAUAGUUUAAACCCAACUCCAGGGCAAACCAAUUAAAAUAGUUUCCCAAGCAUUUGCUCAAAUCAUUUACAAUCAAAAUUAAAUUUCCCACUAAUAAUU